CCCGGUUAGACUUGCGCGCGCGGGCAGUACGGCGGGCAGCAGGGCGAUUUGACUAAAUAGCAGCUUUGAGUUGGCAAGAAGAAAAAUCUGAAAGAUGGCUUCUUUUGUUACAGAAGUACUUGCGAGCUCAGGGAAAUUAGAAAAAGAUGACCUUGCUUCGAAAAUAUCCAAACUGUCUCGGAAAGUGGAGGAAACCAAGGAGGAAAUAUCUGACAUGAUCAAUAAAAAAUACAGCGAGUUUAUACCCAGUAUGGAGGCAGCUGAAGAACUCAUGGAUCAGGUGAAAUCUGUAUCCAAAGACAUAGAUCUCCUGAAAAGCUGUAUUGACAAUGAGGUGCAGAGGAACCUCCAUGAGGCUGUAACUGAAUACACUAAACUCAAGCAACAGCUGGAGAAGAACACUGCGGUGAUAAACCUGCUCCAACAUCUACAAGAGUUUGACACAGCCAUGGAGGAAUAUCACAAAAUGUUGCAGCAGAAGAAAUAUGAAACAGCAGCCAGACAACUUGGAAAAGCACGGAGCAGCGUUGAAGCCUUGAAAUCUUGGAACGUUUCAGAUCUGCCGUUACUUCGCGCUCUCAGCUCAGAGAUCACUGUACAAAGAGAGAACCUCAUCUACCACCUCGGAGAGGAGUGGAAGCAACUGGCAGUGUGGAAGCUGCCUCCCGCCAAAGAACUGACGAGAAUGCAGUCUUUCCUAACCACAGCACUGCAUUUAACUGGAGGGAAAUCCAAAGAGGAAGACGCACUCAGUCCAUUUCUUUCCAGUGUACUUCAAGCUCUUGCUAUUCAAGGAGAGCUGCACAAAAAGAUAAAGCUAUUUGGUCAGGUAUUACUGAAAUACAUGCUAAAGCCUCUGAUCAUGUACCCGUCCCUGUCGGUGGAGGUGAGUGAGCACCUUGAGAUGGGCAGAGUGUUGAGUCUACAUAGCGAAGAGAACCAAGCAGAGCACCCCACUCCUGUGGACGUGUAUACCAAAAUCCUUUUAGUACUCAAGACCCUGCACAAACAUCUGUUCGAUACAACUGUUGGCGAAAAGAAAGUGUCAGCUUUGUUAGGAGAGCAGAUAUGGGAGGAAAUGUCAGACUGUAUCAUCCGGGAAUGCUUAUUGUACUCCAUACCGACUAACAGCAGUCAGCUUGCAGCCUAUGAUACGGUCAUCAAAGAAACAGAACACUUUGAAAGUCAUUUAAAGGAAAUGGGCUACCUGCCUGGAGACUCCACGGAUCUCCUGAAGUAUGCCAGAAACGUCAACUGUCAUUUUGCUAGCAAGAAAUGCCAAGACGUCAUAGUAGCUGCCCGGAAACUUAUGACCUCAGAGAUGCAUAACACGGUCAAGAUUUCUCCAGACUAUAAGCUCAGCCUGCCUAAACUACCAAACCAUGGUGGAGGGAGCAAAGAGAAGCAGGAAGGAAAGAAGAGUGGCCAUUGUGAUCAGCAGAUCCUGGAGAAUGAGAAACAGCUGGGCCAGCGCACUCUGUGCCUGCCUGUAUGUCGCAUCAGUGAGUCGGUUCAGCAGCUGAUGGCGCUGGCUAUAAAAACCCUGUCCGAGGCAGUGGGCAGCUCCCCCCAGUGUGCUGUCCAGCUUUUCUACACCACCCGCAAUAUCUUUCACUUGUUCUAUGAUGUGGUUCCAACAUACCACAAGGACAACCUACUUAAGUUUCCUCACUUAGCUGCCAUCCAGCACAACAACUGCAUGUUUCUUGCCCACCAUCUGCUGACACUCGGCCAUCAGUUCAGACCACAUCUUCCUCUGAAAGACGGAGUGGCCUAUUUUGUUGACUUGGUUCCAGGAUUUAGAAAGCUGGGUGCUCAGUGUUUUGUGGCACAGAUGAAUGUUCAAAAGGCAGAAAUGUUGGAGAGACUGUCCACUGCCAGAAACUUCUCCAAUUUGGAUGAUGAAGACAAUUACACUGCAGCCAGCAAGGCAGUCAGACAAGUGAUUCACCAGUUAAAGCGACUAGGGAAAGUCUGGCAAGACGUCCUACCAGUGAACAUAUACUGCAAAUCCAUGGGAACACUUCUAAACACAGCAAUUUCUGAACUCAUUACCAAAAUCAUGAUGUUGGAGGACAUCUCGACUGAAGACGGAGAGCGUCUGCACACACUCUGCCAGACCAUUAUAGAGGAAGGACCGCUAGUCUUCACACCAUUACCAGAGGAGUCCAAGAACAAGAAAUAUCAAGAGGAAGUGCCAGUCUAUGUGAAGAAGUGGAUGACCUUUAAGGAACUGUCCGUGGUGCUGCAGGCCAGUCUGCAAGAAAUCGUUGACAGGUGGGCAGAAGGCAAAGGGCCUCUCGCACAGGAAUUCUCCAGUAACGAAAUGAAGAGUCUCAUUCGAGCUCUGUUUCAAAACACAGACAGACGAGCCGUAGCUCUCACUAAAAUCAAAUAAUAGCUCACUUUUCCAAUUCACUCAACGUUACCGGACUACAGUGCUGCAUAUCUGCUUCUCCUUUCCUUCAUUUGUGUUUUUUUUUUUUUCUUCUUCUAUUUUUCUACUACACUAUAACAUAAACUAAUAAAUGCCUUUUCAAGCAAGGCCACUUCA